CUGGGAGCACUUUCAUACCUUGGCUUCUGUGUUUUGCCGGGCGAGCUUUUCAUCCUCCUUUUCUGUUGACGGAGCCCAGCCCGGCCUGCCAUCAUGGAUCAGACGGAGAAGGCUUUCCAGAAGCAGCCUACUGUCUUCCUUAACUCCAAGGCAGUACGUGAGAAGGGCGGCAAAGCCAAGCGCCAUCUGCGCAAGGUUGGCUUGGGCUUCAAGACCCCCAGAGAGGCCAUUGAGGGGACCUAUAUUGACAAGAAGUGUCCCUUCACUGGUAAUGUGUCCAUCCGUGGCCGCAUCUUGACUGGCGUGGUGCAGAAGCUGAAGAUGCAGCGCACCAUCACUAUCAGGAGAGACUACCUUCACUAUGUGAGGAAAUACAACAGGUUUGAGAAGCGCCACAGGAACAUGUCCGUGCACUUGUCUCCCUGUUUCAGGGAUGUUAAGCCUGGUGAUAUUGUGACUGUGGGAGAGUGCCGACCUCUAUCCAAGACUGUCCGCUUCAAUGUACUCAAGGUCAGCAAGGCACCCGGCACCAAGAAGCAAUUCCAAAAAUUCUAAUAAAGAAUAAGAGAAAGUUAA